CGUAGGAAAUUUAUCACACAUUCUGUGUGAAGAAGCUGAGCAGUCGUCUACAAAUGGCUCCUUUGUCGCUAGUCUUGGCUGUGAUGAUGACAUGGAAACUUACUCCUUGACUAAUGAUGGGAAUAAUCAGUGGUGGUCUGUUAAGCUGGAUAAUGUUUACAGAGUUGAUUGGAUCUUUCUCAAAAUUAAUUCUGAAGCAUACCAAGUCUAUGUUGACCUGAAUGAAACAACUUCAGUAAAAUGCGCGGAGGUUUCUGGGCCUAGAUAUACAAACACACCAUCCUUGCAUCAAAUAAUUUUAUGCAAAUAUCCAGGUCUUUCAACGAUGAAAGGCAACAUAAUCAACAUCAGUAAUAUAGGAAAUGGACCUUUGAAAGUGUUUGAAGUGAAGCCAAUUGCACUUUCUCUAUUGACACCACAUAUAAUACAAAAUUUUACGGAUUUUUGGGAACCAGUAUCUAAAGCCUUAGACGGCAACACGGAAACUUACUUUAAUUCAGAGGAAAGAAACAACGCAUCAUGGAUCAUAAGAUUUGACAGACGUUAUGAAAUGAAAUGGAUUCUCUUGUCAAUUAGAGGAGGUACUUAUGAAGUGCACAUUAAAGAUAGCAACACAGUAAUGAAUUCUUUAACACUGUGCCGGUCAUUCACUCUUUUGGGAUUAAAUGAACAGAAGAAAGCAUUAGAGUGUCACAGAGAAAUGACAGGGGAUACAAUUAUUAUCAAAAGGACCGAUCACGGCGCACUGAGACUGUUUGAAGUGUAUCCAAUUCUUUGUCCUUCAAACCAUUAUGGUCCAAACUGCGCAAAAUGUAGAAAUGAAUGUGAGUCGUGUAGUCCAAUAACUGGUGUGUGUGGUCGGUGUCGUGGUUCUUUCUAUGGCGACUUUUGUCAAUACGAGUGUCCAGCGAACAGAACAUGUGAGCAAACAACAAAGAUAUGCACAGAGUGUGAUAAUGAACAGUGUUGUGAUCAAGAAGUCAGCACAGAUUUAACAUCAAAAGUUGAAGGUGACGAAGACCCGCAUCAAACAACAAUACUGCUGCCUGCGCUUUUAGUAUUGGUUUUUAUUUUGAUCUCAGUUGUGGUGGUCAUAUUCCUAAAAAGAAAAUUAAGUCAUUAAAAUAUCUUAUAAUUUAGAAAGAAAAAUCCAACCAGCAAAACUAAUAAAGAAAAUGGCAUCUCAACGGAACUUCACAGAGCUCAGUCAGGAAAUGAAUCGGAGCUGGAGGAGAUUCCUCAGAACGAGGCUGAUUAUGUAGAGGAAGAGGAAACCAUCACUGUAGAAUAUUGUAAUCUGACGUCACAGAGAGUUUCAAUUGACCAAUUUAUUUCAGAACUACCUCAGAAAAAAAGCAACGGUACACUGAAGAAAGAAUUUGAAGGUCUUCCCUCUGGAUUACUAGAGUCCCAUUCACAAGCUCUAAUACCUCAAAAUAUUAGGAGUAACAGAUAUAAAGGCAUUUAUCCUUAUGACUAUAAUCACGUGAAAUUAAUUAAACCAGAGGCUGACGAAAAUGAUGGUUAUGCCAACGCAUCCUACGUACAUAACGACUCUACUAGAAUUGUCAUGUUGACGAAUCUGUACGAAGGUGACAGGAUGAAGUGUCUGAAGUACUGGCCAGAUACAGAGCUGGACAUUGGUCCUUACACUAUCAGGCUGGACACCGUAGAUGUCUUUAACCAUUACAUUUUACGUUAUUUGGUUGUCCAAUAUCAGGAGGAUGUUAGGAGAGUGACGCAGUUUCACUUUACCACGUGGCCUGACAACUCCAUCCCCGAGGAUCUGACGUCAGUCAUCUGCUUCCGUAACCUGAUCAGGAAUGGUCUGACCUCAACAGACGGACCAAUAGUCGUCCACUGCAGUGCAGGGAUUGGUAGGACGGGGACAUUUAUCUCCCUUGAUUAUCUCCUGGAAGAGGGCGCUGCUGAACAGACGAUUGACGUCAAAGGAUACGUUGCUUCUCUCCGACAUCAGCGCGGGAACUCUGUGCAGACUUGUGAGCAGUACCUUUUUCUUCAUGAUGCGUUGAAAGAAGGAUUAACAAAUAAUGCUGUUCGCCAGAGCUGUUUGUCCGUACUAUGACCUCCUCUUUCUAACAACAUGUGAUUGAUCAGAUUAAAUCAAACGAAUCUUAAAUGGUUCCAAGAAUUGUCAGAUGAAAAUGCACUUUACCUCUUACUUUUUAAUCAGUAGAUUAUAUUCAGGUUCAAAGGCAGGGACGGUCAUUUUAUGAAUGGAAAAGGCAGUGAUGUCUUAUCACAGGAGAAAUGAAUUUACUAUCGGAAAAGUUUCUUUUUACUUCUAAAUACUAGUUGCUAAGAUUUAAGAAAAUUUAAAAGCAGGUUUUAAUGUGUAUAAAAGCAUGGUA